UCUCUCCUUCUCUCCUUCUUCUUUUCCCUCUCACUCUCUCUUCCUGUCCUGUCUGUUUAAGGAGAGAAAGAUUGGGAAAUUCCUUCAAGCUACUUUACUUCAGGUUUCUGUGGGAUUUAAACAUGCACACUGAGGUUUUGGUACAGUCCAUGUUGGUGCCGUUGUUUCUGAUUCUCCUCUCCGCCGUGGAGGACACUUUGUUACAAUCGGUGAGCCAGGUGGGUGGUGUGUGCAAGCUGUCCACAGAGUCGUCCCUGCGCCGCUGCAAGACACCUGAUGGCAAGAUCUGCAGCGGGAGGGGCAAAUGUGACUGCGGCAUCUGCAUCUGUGCGGCCACGGAUCCUGGGAAGUUCUACGGUCCACGCUGCGAGUGCCACGACUGGGUGUGUGCUACACAUAAUGGGAAAACAUGCAACGACCGAGGCUACUGUGACUGUGGGACGUGUGAGUGUGAUGAAGGCUGGUUCGGCGAUGCCUGCCAGUUCCAGGAGGAGUGUAACCUAACCGGCAAGAAGAGCAAAGAGCUUUGCAAAAACCCACAGGGGGUGGUAUGCUCUAACAGAGGCACCUGCCACUGUGGAAGCUGCAUGUGCAACAAUCAGGACAACAAGGGGCUGGUGACAGGAAAGUUCUGCGAGUGUGACGACAGUGAGUGUCUGGACGAGGACACUGGAGAGGUGUGUGGAGGCCAUGGCCAGUGUUACUGUGGAAACUGUUACUGUGCUGCUGGUUGGCAUGGAGACAAAUGUGAAUUCCAGUGUGACAUCAGCCCAUGGGAAAGCAAGCGGAGAUGCACCUCUCCAGAUGGCAAAAUCUGCAGCAACAGAGGGACCUGUGUGUGUGGGGAGUGUAACUGCUAUGAUGUAGAUCCCUCUGGCGACUGGGGAGAUAUUCACGGAGACACAUGCGAGUGCGACGAGAGGAACUGUCAUGCAACCUACGACCGAUACACGGAUGACUUCUGCUCAGGUCACGGCCAGUGUAACUGUGGCAGGUGCGACUGCAAGGAGGGAUGGGCCGGGAAGAAGUGUGAGCAUCCUCUGUCCUGCUCGCUGUCUCUGGAGAGCAGUGUGAAGAAGUGUCGAGGAACGUCCAAUUUGCCCUGCUUCGGACGAGGUCAGUGCCAGUGUGGACAGUGCACUUGCUUCCCACCUGGGGACAGCCGUGUUCAUGGCAAAAACUGUGAGUGUGACGACCGUCAGUGCGAGGACAUCAGUGGAGAGGUCUGUGGAGGUCACGGUUACUGUUCGUGCGGACGCUGCAUCUGCCAGGAGGGCUGGUUCGGGAAGCUGUGCCAGUUCCCCAGGUCUUGUGACAUGAGCGACGCUCAGAGCAAGGAGCUUUGUGAGACAUCUGACGGAGUCAUGUGCAGUGGAAAAGGAUCCUGUCACUGUGGCCAAUGUAUCUGCUCUCCCCAGGACUGGUGGGUGUCUGGAGAGUACUGCGAGUGUGACGACAGAGAGUGUGACAAACAUGACGGCCUCAUCUGCACAGGGAAUGGGUUGUGCAAUUGCGGCAACUGCGAGUGUUGGGAUGGCUGGACGGGGAAUGCUUGUGAGAUCUGGUUGGGAGCAGAGUACUGAGGAGGAGAGGACACUGGUGUUCAGAGACAAGAGGCCUGGCUGCCCGGAGCGACCAGGAGCACCGUCGACGGUCAUGACCAGGCUGGUAAAACACCGCAGCCAGGAGAACCACGGGAGGAGGGAGAAGACAAAGCUAAACAUGGAUUUAAUUUCUGCGUAUCAAUAACAGCAUUCAUUCCUUUUAUUGUACUGGUUACAAAUGAUCGUUAUAAAACUGGGUAUUGUAGAUGUAAAAGAAACAUAUUACCAUGUAAACAUUUGUUUCCAAAGAGCUUUAUGUAUUUUUUUGUUAAUAAAAUGUAGGAAUGCUUAUAUAUUCCAGAUGGCUACACAUAUUAAGAUGCAAUACAAGACAAAUUCAAAUGAUGGAAAGAGAUUUAUUAAAGUGCCUUUUUCAGAGUAUGUGGGAUACUGCACCAAUAUGUAGAUCUAGUGUAGAAGACAGACGAGGCAUCACCACUUUCUCCCACUGUACAAAGAUGAAGCCAAAAUAUCCCAGAUACUGCCGCCGCCAUCUUGCACAUAAGCGAUCUCCAUGGUAUCUAGUU